UUCGAGAGCUGGAUGGACGCGGAUUGACUGCAUCGGGGGGAGGGAUCUCGGUGAUAUCCCGACAGGCGAGUGUUCGUCGCUUGACACCGAUCAUCAUGAUCUAAACUGUUCCCCCGCGCGGACGCGCCGCGUCCGCGCGCUUCGAAACUCCGAGGAGAGGUCGAAGGCAAAGGGACAGUGAGCGAGCGACUGCCAAGGAUCGCGCAUCGACGUUUUUUUUCGAAUUCGAGACUGUGCUUUUUUUUCCCUCGAAUAGCUAGCGCGUAGAGGAUUUCCAGGGCAGCAAGAUGAGGCGAUCCGCCUUAAAAUUGGGGAUUUCCAUAAUCCUGAUAAUCGCCAUCGACGCUCUUCCGAAGCAGAGGCACGAGCGCAGCGUCGACCUGAACGAGCAGCACAAGCUCGAGUCGGUAUGCCUGUGCGACGACCUGCGACCUCAGAGCUACAUCCUCGAGAUCGAGCCGUUGAUCCAGGAGGCCAAGUUCAAAGGUCGCGUGCGCAUUAACGUCACCUGGACCGAGCGCGCCGACAAGAUAAGCCUCCACGUACACCCGGACCUGCAGAUAUCCCACUCGAACGUCAAGGUCACUCGGCUCAACGACGUCAUCGUAGCCGAUGACAGCGCCGAGGAGCCGAAAGCUCCGGCCCCGGUGAAGAUCGCCAAGAUCGAGCGCAACCCGCGCAAGCUGAUGAUCCACCUGGAGAAGUCGCUGAGGACCAACGUCACCUGCGAGAUCGACAUCACCUACAUGGGCAACAUCACGACCAACGACACGUCCGGCCUCUUCAUGAACUACUACAUGGACACGGCUGGCCAGAAGCAUACCUACGUGGCCACUUACCUGCGGCUCAACAACGCCCGCAAGAUGUUCCCGAGCUUCGACGAGCUCCAGUACAAGACCAAGUUCCAGCUGGUGUUGACGCGACCGAAAAACACGACGGCGCUCUCCAACACCCCGAUCGAGCGCAGCGUGCCAGUAUCCAGUGAGCAGGGGCUCGUGCAGGACCACUUCCAGCAGACACCGGACAUGACGACCUACCAGCUGGCCUUCGUCAUCUCGGAUUUCGAGAGCAUCAAGCCGACGAAGAAGGUCAACCCGGUCGACGGGCAGACUCUGGAGGUGCAGGUCUGGGGACGCAAGGAGUACCUCGAGGCUCUCAAGGACGUGCCCGACAAGAUCGUCACCAUCGUCAACUACCUGCAGGACUACUUCAACAGCUCCAUCAAGCUGCCGAAGCUCGACGUCGUGGGCAUGCCCAUGUACACCGCGACCAAAGCCUCCGACAACUGGGGCCUCAUGAUUUUCAAGGAGGGCGAGCUGAGCAGUCCCCUAGUCUGGAACACGGCUUACGAGCUGACUUACCAGUGGAUCGGUCAAUACAUCACUCCUUAUCGCUGGAUGGACGCCUCGGAGAACAAGGGCUUAAACUCAUUCUUGGCCUCCAUGACCACGAUGGACAUCAACCCGGACGAGCUGAAGGGCAAGUGGCCGAUGAACAUCCUCUACUCGCUGUACUACGGCUACGGGAAGACCUUCGGGGCCAACCGGGGCACCGGCAUCAUCCGCGACGCCAAAUUCGCCAAGAUCGAGCUGGUCUUCCGGAUGUUCUACUACAUCCUCGGCAAGGAUAAUUUCAGGACCAGCAUGAGACACCUGAUCCAAACGCAGUCGAGUGCUAGAGCAGACUUCUCUGUCCUCGACUCUGUGAGCCACAUAAGACACGAUACAACUUUCAGACCCGGGCUGACGAAGGGCCGCGACGCGAGAUCCUUCACCCAGACCGACAUCUACGACAGCAUGAACUUCGUGGCGGACAAGAACAAAUCCUUGCCCAAAGACUUGACCAUCAACGAAGUGGCCGACACCUGGAUAGACCAGGAGCGACUUCCCCUCGUCACCGUCACCCGCAAUUACGACAACAACACCAUCACCUUCAGCCAGAAACCCUACGUGCGCGAGACGCGGAAAACUCCUCCGAGCUCCUGGGAAAGCUCGUACCGCUGGAACAUACCUCUGGUGAUGCAAUCCCGUAACAAGUGGAACAACAGCGAUUACACGCCGAAAGCUUGGCUGCUCAAAGGCAAGUCCAAGCAGGACCUCGCCAUCCCCGACAUCGAGGACAAGGAGAGCUUCAUCGUCGUCAAUCCCGAGGAGAUCGGUCUAUUCCCGGUGAACUACGACUCGUGCAACUGGCAACUGCUGGCCGACUACCUGCGGGGCCCGAACUUCGAGACGAUCCCGACCUUGACUCGCGCCAAAUUGCUGCACGACUCGUGGAACCUCGCCUACGCCGACGAGCUCUGCUUCAAAAUCGCCCUGAACAUGACGCUCUUCCUCAAGCACGAGAAGAGCCACGUUGUCUGGGAGCCGUUCUUCACCAUGAUCGAUCACAUCGGCAGGCGCAUCGAGGGCUCGCCUGUUUUCACCAAAUUCGAGGCCUACUCGCGUUCGCUGUUGGAGCCGAUGUACACGCAGCCCUGCGAGAACCUGCAGAUCAGUGAGCCGUCGUGGAAGACGCACCUGAGAGGUCUGGCGAGAUACUUCCUCUGCCGAGCCGGUUACGAGCCCUGCAUCGCCAAGGCGCGCGAGCAGUUCAGCAAGUGGAUGGCCGACAAGGAACCCGACAAGGGCAACCCGGUCGCCAACGAGUUCAUCUGUCCGGUCUUCAAGUGGGGCACCGACGAGGAGUGGGACUUUGGUCUGCAGCGCGUCAUCAACUUCCCGAGGAACAGCCCCGAGAGGAAGCAGAGCGAGAGAACCUACCUUCUCAAGACCCUGGCCGGCUGUCCCAAGGACGCUGCCAAGAUCCAAAAGCUGUUGAACGUGGCGAUAAUCGAGCGCAACGGCAAUUUCACCGACGCCGACAUCCACCUGAUCUUCACCAUGCUGACGGGCAGCGCCAACGGCUACACGACCCUCUUCAAGUUCCUCGCCGAGCGCUGGGACACGGUGAAGCAGCGCUUCGAGGGCAAGAAGAACCUCUGGACGGGCAUCGUCCAGUCGGCCACGGGCUUCUUCAACACCCAGGAGGGCUACGACCUCGUCUCCAAGCUCUACGCCGAGCGCAAGAGCGAGCUCGACGGCGCCGAGAACUUCGUCACCGAGGCCAUGGAGAACAUCAAGCAGGAGACCCGCUGGAGCGAGAAGAACCUGCCGGCCAUCGAUCAGUGGCUCACCGAGAACCUCGCCAGUCCCCAGCCCUUCGACAAGGACGCCCUGCAGUACUGGAAGACGGCCCUCGUGUGUCCCAGUACCACCGCUCCCGCCAGUUAAUCGCUCGAGGCUCUGAUGACGAGUCGAGGGCAAAUCGUUUUCCUAUGUAACUAUAUUGUAAAAACGAAUUUAUACAGAGAUAUGGCGUGGCCCAGGUUGCAGCCAAGUCCUUCUAUUUCCAGUUAUACCACACGUCUAUGCUAUGUCUCUAUGUGUAAGUAUUCCGACAUGCGAAUAUUAUAAACGCGUUGUACACCAUUAUGUAACGAUAAAGCGCGCAAUAUGCAAACUAUACGAUAGAGAGGUAAAUGUGUGAUAGCAUAAAACUACUGUAGCGUAGUCGGCAAUAUCAUUAUACUCUGAGGGGAUCGUUGACAGGCGUUUGAAAAGUUCUACUUGAAUUCGAUCCAUGAGAUGAUGGAAUUUUAGAAUAAUAUUAUAAUUUACAAUCGGGUACUUGAACUUUUCAGACGACUCGACACAUUUCCAGUGUAUUCUAGAUUUUUACGCUGUUGUUUAUUAAGUUCGUUUUUUCUCCUCUUUACUCUCGUCAUUUAUAGUUGAUAUAAUAUACAUUUUUUAUUUCGAACUAUAGGUAAUAUAAUGUUAAACGUUUACGUAUGAAAAGUACACACACACACACGCGCGCGCGCGCGCAAAUGGCUGAACAACGGUUGAAUACGUAGAUUUACAACACUUACUGGCUAGAUAGAGUUUACGUAUCAUGUUAUUUAUAAGUUUUCUGUAUAUUAUCUGAUAUCAAAUUACUGUGUAAGACAAUUAGAACAAUAAAUAAAAACGGAAAAAAUUUGAAAGUUC